AUGAGUGGCGAAUCCUUCAAGCACCAUGCUCCAACAGGAGCAGUGGCAACACAGCAAUCGGCCAUCGUUGUUGGUGACGAAGAUGGCGGUAGCAUAAUGUCUGCCGAUGAGCAACUGAAGGCUCUAGGACAUCAGCCAGAGCUAAGGCGGACGCACACAUUUUGGACUUUGCUUGCCCUUCAGACUACCAUUCUCACAACGUGGUCCUGCAAUAUCGUCUUAUACGACUAUGUCUUCACACUCGGUGGCCCGAUGUCGAUGAUCUAUACAACCAUUAUUGUCGGCAUUGGUCAGACUCUUCUCAUGGCUUCUCACGCCGAGUAUGCUGGAAUCUGGCCCCAUGCUGGAGGUCAACAAUUCUAUACGCAGAGAGUGGCUCCUGCACGUUACAUGAGAUUCCUCUCGUACGUCGUCGGGUGGUGCGUUCUCAUCUCUGAGAUCAGCACGUCUUCGAGCUCUGCAGUCAACAGCGCGGAGAUCAUGUCGGCUUUCAUCGAAUAUCAGUAUCCGGAUGUCGCUUGGAAGCCGUGGAUGACAUUCCUUAUCUACAUUGUGUUCCUGUUGGGCCCAGUUGUGACAAAUCUCACCCCAAGCAUUCUUCCUCAUCUAUCGCUAUGGGGAGGAAUUUUCAACAUGACUGGCUUCGCCGUAUGGAUGGCAGUCUUUCUCGCCAUGGCCCCUCGCAACAGUACCGAGUUUGUCUUCACCAAAUUCAUCAAUGAGAGCGGCUGGUCAUCAUCUGGAUGGCUCUUCUUCAUGGCGAUGUAUGUGCCGAUGUACGGCCUCUAUGGUACUGAUAGCACAACGCAUCUUGUGGAGGAGAUGAAGAAUCCUGCCAAAGACGGACCGAGAGUCAUGAUCUGGUCGAUGGUCAUCAGUACUGUCAUCUCCUUUACAAGUGCCAUUGUUAUGGGUUUCACUACAGGCAACUGGCAGAGCGAGAUGCAGACAACCCUGCCAUACUUCACCUGGUUCGUCGACACCACCGAAUCCGUGAUCGGAGGUGGAACAUUCUGCUCGAUCGUCAAUAUGGGCCUCAAUUAUCUCAUCAUCGUCCAUACGAACACAGCUGGCUCUAGACUGGCUUGGCGUAUGGCAAAGGACAAUGGCCUCCCAUUCCCGAGAUAUUUCUCGCAUGUCUCAAAAAGGUUUGGCACGCCUCUGCGGGCGAUGUUUGCAGUACUGUUCUUGAAUGUUGUAGCAGGCAGGUCACCUUCUUUGAUUGUGCUUACAUCAAUACUGACGAGCUCAGGCUGUCUCAUACUGUUCAGCGAUCUUGCAUUCUGGGCGCUCAUCUCUGGUGGCAGUCUCACUUUGCAGAUAGCAUACGCUGUGCCCGUCAUCUGUGUGUUGUGUCGCGGGCGAAAGAUACUUCCUCCGCGGCCCUGGUUCGAUCUAGGCCAAUGCGGGCUUCUGAUUAACUACAUCUCCGCAGCCUGGGCCUGCACAACCAUGCUGUUGUUCCUGUUCCCUCAAUAUGUACCAGUGGUGGGAAAUAUUGAGAACAUGAAUUGGGCUCCUGCUAUCUUCGGAAUCUGUGUGCUCGUAUGUGGUCUGUAUUGGAUCGCAUCAGGACGGAAGAAGUAUAUGAUGACUUGCGGAGAUAACGACAGCUAA